AUGGACGACGGUGCACCCACUUCUGCGAGCGCAGGCACAGAUUCCGCACGCUCCAAGGGCAAGCGAGUUCGCACAACUGAUGGCGGGGCGAUCAAGGAUGCGACGCGCUCCGCACACAAAGUCCGCAAGCUCGUCCCACCACGUCCGUUUCCGACCGUGCCUACAUCCGUCUCAGCCACCGGACCGAGGUCAGCGCAUACUGAGGGCAAGAACCACAUCUGUAUCACGCGUCGGACGGAGCUUGGCGCGUACCUACGACGGUGCAAGGACGUAUUCUUGAAGGAUGGGUACAAAACCCUGCAUCUUAGCGCGAUGGGUGCCGCUAUCCCCCAUCUCAUGCAAUUGGCGCUUUCUCUCCCACCCAUCCUACCUUUUCCCCAGGAUGAGAUCCACACGGAGAUCCUCACCGGGACGGUGGAGGUGCAGGACGAACUCGUUCCAGAAGACGAGGACGAGGACAUCUCGUAUAGGACACGCGGGAAGUCAUCUGUGAGCAUCGUUAUCAAGAUUGGAGAUGGGGUCGACGAACCAGCCGCGGGGGCGGCGAAGGGGUCGGCGCGCAAGAAUCAGCUCGGACGCGCUCCUGCGACCGCGCAAGGCGGGGCGCGAAAAGGUGCGCACGCGCCACCAGAGCAACUGGUAUAUAGAGCAGACGAGAUGGACGAAACGUGA